ACUGCUGCUGACGACAAGGCUCCGAAAGCGAAGGAGACUCCCACUGACAAGCAGAGCAAAGACAAGGUUGUGAAGAGGCCUGCGCGCGGAUACCACACCUUCAGGAAUGGCAUGCUCAAUGUUACACCCAAGGGCAGAGAGAAGGAUAUUGUUGAAGCCAACCGGCAGUCGCAUUUACUUCGUCUCCCGGCUGAGGUCCGUAACAUGAUAUGGGAGUUUGCGCUCGGUGGAAGAGUGUACGAGGCAGAAUUUAUUGGAGGCUACUAUUAUCGCAUGCAUUCACAAGAGGCUCCUAGCAAGGUUCCUCUUUUACGAGUAUGCCGUCAGAUCUACGCAGAGGCAGCUAACAUCCCUAUACAACAAACCACAUUCUCUAUUCCUCGACCGGAUCGAAUAAGGCGUUGUUUCGACCCCUUCAAGACUUGCCAGCGUCGCCAUAUCGCUUCCCUCCGAUUCGAGAUUUCUUCAUACCGGCUGGCAUACCUAUGGACCGAUAUCCCCCGGCUUUUUCGCACACUAAGAUUGCCAAAGUAUCUACCUGGUGUGAAGAAAGUGGUAUUCUGCCUCCUUUUUGAGUCAAACAUCAACACAAUUAUCAGGCAACUCGAGGAAGAUGGAUUGCGCCGCAGAGUAGAAGCCGUCUCCUAUGGGAUGGGCCUAGACAUCGAAAUUGAGCAG